ACCACAUUAUUAUAAGGUCCAAAAUCCUAUGACCGUUAACUAACCAUGGCAGACAAAUUACAUGAAUACCAAGGUGUGACGGGUCGGCUCCAUGGUGCUCGUGACCGGUACAAGGAGAGGUGGUCGAGGUGGCGGGAACAGCAUCCUCGAGGAGUCAGGGAUGUGGUGGCUGAGACUCUGUUUGGGAUCCCCAACUCUGACGAGCCCCCUGAAAGAGUAUGGCAGGAUAGUGCCUACAGCGAUUUGUAUAGCACGACACCUCUGUCGCUGACCAAAUCUGUUGCCGGCCGAUCGGGGCGCGGCGGCGGUGCGCCCGAUCAGCUGUGUGCGUCCCCCGCCCGCCGCGUCUCCCGCCGCUGUGGUCCACACGUUAGAUGCGUGAACACCUCCGGCGCGUUGAAAGCAUAG